AAUACAAAUUGUUUGUCAUUUUUGUCUUUUAUAUAGGUUGGAUGUUUGGAAGAUAUUUAUGUUCUUUCAAAUGUUUUAAGACCAACAACAAUUCGACCAAUUUUUUCAUAAUCAAUAUGAUGAACUUCGUUUAUUUAUAAUUUUUUUUUAAACAUCCCUUUAUAUUACAUGAUCUUAAUAAUUUAAUCUUUUCAAGUAAAGAGAAAAAAAGAUAUUUAUUAUGUUUUUUUUUUGAAUUCUUUCUUUUUAUUUGAAGAUUUAUCAAAUCUCAACAAAUGAACUAUUCUAUUACCAUUCUCGAAUUAUUGCAAAAAUAUGCACAAUCAUCAUUCUUUUGAACAGAAUAUAGUUGAUAUUUCAGUUUUCACAGAAGAAGAGAGUUCCAAAGUGUUAGAUUUGAAGAAUAUAUUUGAUCAUGUCUUAUCUAAAGGAAUUCAUUUGUUUUUUCUUUUUAAAUAGAAUGAAAAAGAUUCAUCAACAACAUCAAAUACACACAAAGUUAAAAAAGUUAAUCAUACACAAUUAGGUACUUUUGGAAAUUAUUCGAAUUAA